GCCGGUCACAAGUGUAUGGAGGUCGAGGGCCAGUGCGUGGGCCGGGGCAUGGCAGCCCAGCACGUCCCUGCCUGGCCCGCGCCCGCCACUCAACCCGCGACCUGCGUGCCAGGAGGACCACACCGUGUCUCUCCGCGCCGCCCCUGCAUCUCCCUCGUUCCCUCCCGCUCCCGUGACAGCGCCGUCAUGAGGGGGUCAGCGGGUCUUCUCUUCCUAGCGGCUCUCGUGGCUGUCUCCGCCGCCGCCACAUAUAACAGAGCCCUGACGUCUUCCACGCGUGCGGCGGUGAGCGAGGACAAGCUCUUCUUCAGCUUCGUGGGCGUCCCCUCACCCAGACGAGCCGGCGCGCAGGUCCUCCUCUCCAUCGCCUUCCCGGGCCACAGCCGCUUCGUGAUGUCCCUGGACCGGAGGCUGGGGCAGGUGACUCUGGACGCCUUGACCAACGGCGUGAAGGACACCCGGCGGAUCGCGGCCCCGGACGUGACGGGGCGCAAUACGCUGGAGUCCCUGCUGCUGGAGGUGGACCAGGAGGAGCGGCGCGCCACCGUGUACAUCAACUGCCGCCUGCAAGGCUCCGUCAGCGUGCCGUGGACUCCCGGAGAGAUGGCAAACGACGGGGGCGAGGACUUGCGUGUGUACCAUGACCGCCACGCAGAGGUCACCCUGGACUGGCAGGCGUCAUUGCUGGAGCUGCUGCAGAAGCUGGGCUGCCCCGACGACGACGGCGGCGACCACGACGCCCACCCCGUGCAGGCCCAGGCGAACGAGGUGUACACGUACCGCAGAGCGGUGAGGUGUCAGAACCUCCAGUACGGGGAACCCUGUCCCACUUUCACGCAGCCCAUCGCCCCUCCCGACCGAGGAGACAUCCCGAUCAUUCACGGCGACGAGAGCAGCACCAAGCUCAUCAAGACUAUCACGGAGCUGAUCGAGACCAUCAAGGAGCUGCAGACCGAGAUCCAGACGCAGAGGGAGGAGACGGCCCUGCUGCGCGACGCUCUGCUCAACUGCGAGGCCUGCAAACCGGAGGUGGACCCCUGCUCGCCUAACCCUUGCUUCCCCGGCGUGGACUGUUACCGGGGGCCCGAGGGCGCGCGAUGUGGGGCGUGUCCCAGGAACUACGUGGGCGACGGAUACAGUUGCGUCCCCGGCACCACCUGCGCCGACCAGCCCUGUGCCCGAGGCGUGCGCUGCGUCGACAUGGUUGAUGGCUACCGGUGCGGCCCGUGCCCCAUCGGCCAGACGGGGGACGGACGCACCUGCACCUAUGUGAACGCGUGCGACCCCAACCCUUGCUACCCGGGCGUCCAGUGCGGCAACAUCAACAGCGAGCCUUUCUUCCGCUGCGGCCCCUGCCCCCCAGGCCUCACUGGCAACGGGGAGAAGUGCGACGACAUUGAUGAGUGUGACCUGGCGGGGCCGUGUGACCCGCGUGUGAGGUGCACCAAUUUGUCGCCUGGAUUCAGGUGCGAGGGCUGCCCGCCGGGCUUCACGGGCUCUAUGGGUCUGCAGGGCAUCGGCAUAGACUUUGCUCGCCAGAAUCGACAGCGCUGCUACGACCUCGACGAGUGUAACGACGGCAGGAACGGCGGCUGCGUCGACAACUCCCAGUGUAUCAAUACUGAGGGUUCAUACUACUGCGGCCAGUGCAGGGCAGGUUUCGUGGGCAACCAGACGUCCGGCUGCCGCAACGGGACUGGCCUGUGCCCCGACGGCAGGCAGUGUGACGUCAACGCGGACUGUGUGAAGCCGUUCGGCCUCGACAGGUACACGUGCAAGUGUAAGGUUGGGUGGGCCGGCGACGGCCAGACUUGCGGCCCCGAUCGUGACCUGGACGGAUGGCCAGACUUCGACCUGGGCUGCAGCGAUCGUCGGUGCCGCCAGGACAACUGCGUCAUCACCCCCAACUCCGGCCAGGAAGACUCCGACGGGGAUAACAUUGGCGACGCCUGCGACGACGACGCAGACAACGACGGCAUCCCCAACAGCCCGGACAACUGCCCGCUGGUGUCUAACCCCGACCAAUCCGACACCGACCCGGACGGCGCGGACAAGCAGGGCGACGCGUGUGACAACUGCCCGACCAUCCCCAACCUGGACCAAGAGGACAACGACAAGGACGGGAUCGGCGACGCCUGCGAUCCCGACAUUGAUAACGAUGGCAUCCUCAACAGGAAAGACAACUGCCCCCACACCCCCAACCCUGACCAGGCGGACACUGAUAGGGACGGCCUGGGCGACGCCUGUGACAACUGCCCCAAAGUCAGAAACCCCCUGCAGGAGGACAGCGACAAGGAUCUGGUGGGCGACGCCUGUGACAGCAACGAUGACUAUGAUAAGGACGGCGUCCAGAACAACCUCGACAACUGCCCGGACGUGAUCAACAGCGACCAACACGACUCAGACGAUGACGGCCUCGGCGACGAGUGUGAUCCCGACGCGGACAACGACGGGAUCCCCAACCAGAUCGACAACUGCCACCUCGUCUAUAACCCCGACCAGCGUGACUCCAACAACAACGGGCAGGGCGAUGCGUGUGACGGGGACGCCGACAUGGACAAGGUGCAGGACUUCCUUGAUAACUGCCCCAACAACUCCAAGAUCUACGCCACGGACUUCAGGACCUACCAGACGGUGGUGUUGGAUCCUGAAGGCGACUCCCAGAUCGACCCCAACUGGGUGAUCUACAACAAGGGCGCCGAGAUUGUCCAGACGAUGAACUCCGACCCUGGGCUGGCCGUGGGUUUCCACAGGUUUGGCGGAGUGGACUUCGAGGGAACCUUCUUCGUGGACACUGAGAUCGAUGAUGACUACGUAGGAUUCAUAUUUAGUUACCAGGACAACUCUCGCUUCUACACCGUGAUGUGGAAGAAGAACACGCAGACGUACUGGCAAGCGACUCCCUUCCGCGCCGUGGCCGAGCCUGGCAUCCAACUGAAGCUGGUCAACUCCUCCACCGGGCCCGGCCAGAUGAUGAGGAACUCUCUCUGGCACACGGGCGAUACUGAGAACCAGGUUAAGCUACUGUGGAAGGACCCCCGCAACGUCGGCUGGAAGGAGAAGACCGCCUACCGCUGGCUGCUGCUCCACCGCCCCAAGAUCGGUCUCAUCCGCCUCCGUAUCUUCGAGGGCGAGACUAUGGUGGCUGACUCCGGCAACAUCUUCGACGACCAUCUCAAGGGCGGCCGUCUUGGGGUCUUCUGCUUCUCUCAAGAAAUGAUCAUUUGGUCUGACCUUGUGUACCGCUGCAACGACCAUGUUCCCGAGGCCAUCUACAACCAGCUGUCGCCCGAGAAGCGGCGCCUCGUCUACAUUGACGUGAGCCGCCCCGUGCCCAACGGCUUGUAGGACUCCGGCACCGACGAGGACACAGCCUGGCCGCCCUGUGCAAACAUUCUGAAAGUCCACAAGCUUUUAGGGUUUUUAUUUGUGUUAAUUUUUACAUCAUAAUUCAAAAUGUAUCGUUAACUCUUUAGUAUGUAUAUUUGAAAGUUUAUCGAGUGUGUCACAAAAUUGGGCCAGUUUUCAAGAGCAGUCAUCAUGUCUAGCACAGUGCUGGUGAAUCAGUGCCAGACGCGUCCUCAUGACGGGUGCUUAGCUUUCCUGAACACCGCUUUCUUUUAGGGUGGAAAUGUUUGACAGUGGAGGCGAGGAUAGGUCAGAACAUAAUGUACUGAGUAGGUACUGAGGGGAGCUACCUCAGAUGACUUUGCUGUUACACACGAGCUCGAGUUGGCGUAGGGAUGACCUGUUCUGAGGGGCGACACAAAGUUCCGUGACUUAAAGGACUUUUCUUCUUUCAAUUUUUUUCGUUUUCCGCCAGCAACAAGUGCACAAUUGGAGUCCGGGUUCACCAGCUUUAUAGCUUAAUAAGGCCAUGAUGAAGGCAGAGAUGCGGGCUGGUAUUCAUUAGUCCUGUCUGUCCACUUGCUGAUAGUUACCAUAAGCCGCCAGUGAAAGCGGAGCAGCGAUCAGCACUACAGCUCGCUUGUAAUAAACCUUUUCGCCACUGGCUUCACCAUAUGAGAGCUACAGUUGAUAAGAUGACAUAAUAUCCCUACACUUUAUCUGAUUACCGGACUUUCUCGUGCAUUUGCUGUUUUCUUUUCGGCUUCAACCAAUGAUUAGUUCCUAAGGUGACUCCAGGACCUUUCCACACCUGUUCACUGACAUCAUUACGAGGACCCUUGCUCGCUGCCCCCGCCGGCCUGUCGAGUCCAAAUUCUCCAUGGUCUGUAGCAAGGUCUAGAGAUCCUGGUCUGUAGAUCCUGCGGCCAGAGUGGUUUAAGUCGUAAAUUGGACGACACGCUAUACAUAGUAGUGGUGGUAGAUUAUAUUAUUGGUACAUUAUUAUUGUUAUUAUUAUUAUUAUUAUUAUUAUUAUUAUUGUUAUUAUUAUUAUUAUUAUUAUUAUUAUUAUUAUUAUUAUUAUUAUUAUUAUUAUUAUUAUUAUUAUUAUUAUUAUUAUUAUUAUUAUUAUUAUUAUUAUUAUUAUUAUUAUCAUUAUUACAAUUAUUAUUAUUAUUUAAAUUACUAUUGUAUUAUCAUUAUCAUCAUUAUCAUUAUAAGUUUUAUCAGUAAUAUUUUUUUUUCCAAUGUCAUGACAAGCUAAAUCCCAAGUUAUCAGGAAGAGUUAUUGACUAUCUUUGUACAUAUUCUUUCCCCUAAGGUACGUAGUAACGUUAACAAAGUUCACUGGGUAGCGGCGCCCAGGACAGGCCACGAGCCGGCUGGCGGCGCACAAGGAAAAAGUUUGCUGUUUUCACUGUGGCUGGUUUUAUAGUUUUUUUUCUUUUUUUUAAUAAAUAAAGAAUGAACAUAUGUUACAAAAUAAGUUAAGUUUUAUCUUAGCGUAGCUUUUAGUUUCGACUUACAUAAGUAUAUAUAUGAAUGGCUUUUUGAUAUCUUCUUUAGAUGAUUAAAUUUUACUUUCAAUUAUUCUUUAAUCAGCGCUAUUUACAUUAUGCAGAGUAACAGUGCCGGUGCUUGAAGUGACGUGUUCCUUUUCCUAUCACCUUCUCUAUGACGUCCGAAUACAAUACUCAUUUUUAUAAUUAACAAUCAACAGUGACCAGUACACGGCACACCAAGGAAGUGUAUUAACCUUACCGGCGGCUGCUGACCACGGUAGCGUCACGUUCUUCUCAUCCUUUACUUGAAUGUCGUUUAUCAUAACUUCCAUUCUCCAUUAUCGAAAAAUAUUUCAAUAAAAAUUGUAUAAAAA